AUGAUGGCCGCCGCAACCAUAGCCUCCACGGACAUAAGGCUUCUGCUGAGAGAUGACAUUUUUGUUGACUUUUUCAACACGUUUCUGAAUCUUCCCGUUUUUGGCCAGACACCCAUUUACGUCAGCGGCAUGGGGCAGUGGGACCUCUGGCCAGAGCUGCCGAGCCACCUGGAUCCCAGCCCCCGGGCUUUACUGGUUUGGUUGGAAAAGCACCGGCUGCCUCACUUCUGCAAAUCCAGCCUGUGCCUCCACCUCAUCCUCUGCCAGAAGCUCCUGGGUUUCAUUCGGUCGGGGGAAGCAGGGGAAGAACUGACCAACUUCUGGCUCACCACCGAAAGGCUCCUGGGGCUCGACGAGUCGGAUGAGAAGCAGAGGGAGCUCUACCUGUCCUUGCUUCACAGGCUGAAGGCCACUCACCUGCGCGAAGGCUCCAGCGUUGUCACUCUCUGCAGGACCGUGGUUGGACCACUGCUGAAAGCCGAGCACGUUCAGCCCAUCAGCACCAGGAGGGAGAUCCUCAGCAAGAUGCAGGAACGGGCCCUCAUUAUGAUUCAGGGUUACUGGCUCCCUAAAUUCUUCAUCCACUGCAAGAUGGGCAUGGAGGAAGAGAAAUCGUGCCAGCCUCUGCUGCAGGAAUAUCAGGAGCGUUUAUUAUGGGACAGCUCACAGGAGCCCUCAGGCUUUGCGGAGAAUCUCUUCAAGAUGCAUAUCAAACGGAGCCAGGGUUUGUCAGGGCCCUACUGCAGCAAGAAGGCCAAAGCAGAGAUCUGGACUCUGGUCAAGGAGGGAAGAAACCCCCAAGAAGUGAAGAUGCCCAUAUUUCAGGUGCAACCAGAAAGGCAGCCGGGACUAGCUGGGAGCACCAAGGAAUCACAUCUGGACAAGGAUGCUUUGGGACUGAUUCCUGAGCAGUCAGAGCAUCCUGCCAACACUGCCUUUGGAGACAAAGGGGGAACAACCUCUCCCAAAAGCCCUAGAUCCAAGGCAGAGCAGAUCCUUCAUCCAGAAGACCUCUGUGAAGACAAAGUCCUCUCUAACCUGCGUUCCUCUGCACCCCUUGUCCAGCUGCCAUCCCUGAAAAACCCAGUCCAGACCCUGAGUUUCCUCCCCUGGGUGCUCAGCGCUGAUUGCUGUGCGGGACGGCCCUUCAGGGACUUCCUGAAGCACCAGGGCUUGUCCAUGGAGACUUAUCUCCUGGACCUGUGGCAUGACCUGGAGGAAUUUCUUCCUGUGGUGCUGGACCCCAGCAGAGAAAACAGUUUCUUCCUGCGCCGUUUGAUGGGGGAGAAGAUAUGCAAGACCUACCUGGGGGAAGGCACCAUUCGGCAGCUCCCCCUGGAGACCAGGACUCUCAGGAGCUUGCGGGGCCACCUGAUGUCUGGAGAAUUCUCCCCCAGGAUAUCCAGAGCCCAGAAGGAGAUUUGUGAGGUGCUCUGCUGCUUCUACGAGGAAUUUCUGGCUGAUGACGACAGGACAUUCCUACAGUUUAUGUCUCAGCCGAGUGAUGCCCUGAUGCCUGAGAUGCAAGGUCAUGCUGUUGGAAGAGAUGAAUAUUUCCUCCUGUCCCAGCGGAUAAAUGGGUCCUUGAAGCUGAGCCAGGCCUUGCACGGCACGAGGAACUUGGAAGGUCUCUCCUCCAAGCACUGGCGAGCAAUUGGCACUCGGGACCUCCGUAAAGGGGGCUCCAUCCAGGCGGAGGUGGAACCUCUCCUAUGCAGGACCGUUUCUGAGCUCUCCAUCACAGACCCAAAGUCCUACCUUCUCCUUGACUCCAUGGGUGAAGCCUCCUCUUCAGGGCACUUUGUGAAAGUCCUGCACAGCCCUGCCCACCUGCAGUUCUUCAAGCAGUUCCUCAAGGAGCGCAACGCAGAUGAACCAUUGCGUUUCUGGAUAGAUGUGGAGAAGCUAGUCGCAGAGACCAACCCCCAGAGGAGGAGAACCCUCCUUAAGAGCAUUGUUAGAAAAUAUUUCCAUGCUGAAAUCCCACCUGAGGAGCUGCUGGACUGCUGCUCUUCAAUCAUCAAAGAUAUAAAGGAGGCCAAAGUAGUCAACCCCUACAUGUUGAUGACAGCACAGGUCUUUGUCCAGAAGGCAAUGGAAAAACGAUGGUUCAAAGAGUACCAGGACCUGUUCCCUCUGAGCGAUCCACUUAUGUCUAACCUUUGUUUGAAGUAUGGGAGGGGGAGCUUCAUGACAGACAGGGUG